UUUCCGGAGGAAAAGGAGGGGGCCACAGUUGUAGAUUAGUGGUCACGACUCACGACGUAACCCCGUCCGUCAUGAAGUGAAUCACGCUGGAGAUUUAUGACGUAAAAAUAGGUUAGCACAACACUGGGCACGAACCUUUCAUCACUGGCUAAUGCCAUUAUAAACCCGGGCACUACUCUCCAUGGUGGGUUACGAUACAAAAUGAUAAAGGGACAUCGUCGUUCUCCCACACAAAAUUAAGGACUUGCACAUUAAGUACGUAUAGCAGAUUUGUUUUCAGGUCACAUGCGACACAAACAAGUGUGCCUUUAUUUUCCGUUACUUGAGAACAAGAAUAAGCCUCUUGGUUACAUGCACUGUUAAAUGCAAACACAGAAUACAAGUCAUUCACGCGGCAUCGGUGAUCCGCGGCAUGUGCACAUCUGGUUUGGAGUGACUAAUUGCCCUCUCUCCUAAACGCUCGUGGUGCUCGAGCGUUUGACUGCUUCCGAAUUCGCGGCCAGACGUUACGCAGUGCCAUCUCCAGCGUUCUGCAUUUCAAGUGCUCGGUACCUGUGGAAGUCCGAUCAGAGAGGGGGAGCUAGCUCUCCGGAGAAGACGGACGGAGCGGCUCCGUGCUUGGCGUCGUGCUGCGCGCUGAGCUGAACGCUCUGGUGGAUUUCUUCGACCUGCGGAGAACUCGAGGAGACACGAUCAGCACCGCGUCUCUGAACAGCUCCCCGUUUCCUCCUCGGUGUGUGUUUUUUUCCGUCUGGAUGGGCGCUAUUUGUCUCCGUCUGUGAGUGCUGAUAACCGCUGGCGACUAUUUCCAAUGGCAUCCCACGGGUUCUGGUCUUUCGGCGCUGAAAAUGCGGGUGACAACAGCAACCAAAGCCCCAACUCGCCAAGAGCCUGGUGUCAGGCGGCAGCCCAAAAAUUCACAGGAGGCAUCGGCUCAAAAAUAUGCGCUCUGCUUAAUGUCGGGGAGGCCGAGAAACCGGCGGACCCCAUCGCCAAGCAAACCGAGACAGAGACAGAGCCCGAGCCAUGCGGGUGCAACAAUCCAUGCAGUUGUUCCAAAACCGGUCUGGGUUUCUCAGAUCUCUAUUCAACAGACCUGCUGCCAGCGACGAAUGGGGAUAUGAAGACAAUGAAUUUUCUUCAGGAGGUCGUGGACAUUUUGCUGGCAUACAUAGUGGAAUCGUUUGACAGGUCGACGAAAGUCAUUGAUUUUCAUUAUCCAAACGAAUUGCUUCAAACAAACGACUGGGAGCUUUCUGACGGGCCGGCAACCCUGGACGAAAUUUUAAUAAGCUGUCGUGCAACUCUGAAAUACGCCAUCAAAACAGCCCAUCCCAGGUACUUCAAUCAGCUUUCUACCGGAUUAGACAUGGUUGGUUUAGCAGCUGACUGGCUAACAUCGACUGCCAACACAAAUAUGUUCACAUAUGAGGUCGCCCCCGUGUUCGUCCUGUUGGAGUACGUCACCCUGAAGAAAAUGAGGGAGAUCAUUGGCUGGCCCGACGGCCGGGGGGACGGCAUAUUCUCACCGGGUGGUGCCAUCUCUAAUAUGUAUGCGAUGCUGCUCGCUCGAUUCAAGAUGUUCCCCGAAGUGAAGGAGAAAGGAAUGUCAUCGGUGCCAAGACUGGCCGCCUUCACAUCGGAACACAGUCAUUUCUCAAUCAAGAAGGGGGCCGCCGCCCUUGGGAUUGGCACAGACAGCGUCAUUUGCAUCAAAGUUGACGAGAGGGGUAAAAUGAUACCAUCUGACCUUGAGAGGAGAAUAAUGGAAGCCAAACAAAAGGGCUUGGUGCCGUUUUUCGUCAGUGCCACCGCCGGCACCACCGUGUACGGUGCCUUCGACCCCCUCAUCGCCAUCGCCGACAUCUGCAAGAAGCACAACGUCUGGAUGCAUGUGGACGGAGCCUGGGGUGGAAGCCUGCUCAUGUCUCGGAAGCACAGGUGGAAACUGAAUGGAGUGGAAAGGGCGAAUUCGGUGACAUGGAACCCCCAUAAGAUGAUGUCUGUCCCGCUGCAAUGCUCUGCCCUGUUGGUCAGAGAGGAGGGCUUGAUGCAGAACUGCAACCAGAUGCAUGCCUGCUACCUGUUCCAGCAGGACAAGCAUUACGACCUCUCCUACGACACUGGGGACAAAGCUCUGCAGUGCGGCCGCCAUGUUGACAUCUUUAAACUGUGGCUCAUGUGGAGGGCAAAGGGCACCAUUGGAUUCGAAGCUCAGAUUGACAAGUGCUUGGAGCUUUCAGAGUACCUGUACAACAAGAUCAAGGACAGGGAGGGCUACGAGAUGGUGUUCAAUGGAAAGCCUCAGCACACCAAUGUAUGUUUCUGGUACCUCCCUCCCGGUGUUCGCUACCUGGAGGACAAAGAGGAGAAAAAGAAGAGGCUGCAUAAGGUUGCCCCUGUAAUCAAGGCCAGGAUGAUGGAGUACGGGACGACCAUGGUGAGCUACCAGCCACAGGGGGACAAAGUCAACUUCUUCCGAAUGGUCAUCUCCAACCCGGCAGCCACCUUCGAGGACAUUGAUUUCCUCAUCGAGGAGAUCGAACGACUUGGACAAGACUUAUAAGACUACGCAACCAAAACACAUCCAACCUUUCCUUAGACGAAUGAAAUGUUUGUUGUGAAUGUACCAGUAUUUUAUUUUUUUCCCUUCAAAAGCUACAUAUAUAGAUAUAUAUUAGAAUAAUGUAUAUUUCCGUACUGUAGUGUUAAUGUGAGAGAAAAAAAAAAAAACAUUGUCCAAAGCCCUGUUAAAAUGCUUCUGUCUGCCUUUCAUGUCUAGAUUAGAGUACUCGAUGUUCCUUCAUACAUUUUUGCAUAUAUGAUGUUCCGUAUACAGUGUGAUUUGCUCCAUGUUGGUGCAAUAGGUGAAAAGACUAGAGUUUACAUUUAGCUGACUUUCUGAAUUCUGCUCUUAAUCUGCAGUUCAAGCGUCAUGUGAGGCGUACAGUAAGUGUAAGAGGGCAUUUCAAUUUACCUCAACCCAACCUGCUGCCUUUGCGUGGGCAAUCUUCUCUGUUGAGGUUCAGGUUCAGGAAUUAACCAAUCCCCUCACAGAGUUCAUUUGCUUGUAAUUGAAAGGUCGUUAGGAAACCGUCAUCAUUAGAUAACUCCGAAAGUCCAGACAAAAGUACAAUGAAAAUGCAAUGGCAUAUUACCUCCAAUUUAACUAUUUUUAUAGAUUCUGUCCGUUUCCCAACACCAGUAAUGCAGCAUUUACCUGUAUAACAGCAAACAACUUCAGAGUGUAAAGGACAAGCACACUAGAAACACAUUAAAAAAGUAAUUAUAUUAAAAAUAUAGCAUUAUUUUGUAUUAUAUCUAAAGCAUAUAUGUAUAUAUAUUUCAGAGGAGUCCUUUGCCAUUCAAAGUAAUAGCGUCACAUUAUCACUGUAGUUAACAACUCCCAGAGUUCAGGAAGCCUUGUGCAGCCAUAAUGCCAAUCUCACCACAUCAGUGCAAGAGUAGUUUGAAAUAAUAGAGCUCCAAUCCUGCUUCCAGUGACUUCUAGAGACACAUUUUUCCUUCUGUGUGGAAAAGUUGCUAUACCCUACUGUGACUUUCACUUCUUUGGAGACAGCAGCUAGAUCUUGUCAACAUGAGGAGAAUUCAGCCAUCUGGCCAAUGGG